AUGCCCACACCCACUCCUCGAAUACGAUCCUUGGCGAAACUAGGCACACCACAUGGCCGUCGAAUACAGAUCGCGCGAAGACCACAGCGAAGAUAUCUCCAAGCCGACUGCGAUCGCGUGGCCGCCGAAAUCUUGAAGAGUCCCGUCUCUCCUACACAAAUACAGGGCGGACAAAGCUAUACUGUGACAGUCAACUCCGGCCAGGCGUUCAAUGUAGUCCAAUUUCGAUCCUCGAAGUUGGAUAUCAAGCUUGUUGAGCAUGCAAAACAAACUUACCGAGAUUUUGUACCUAACUGCAAGUACUUUGGGAUGUUAGGGGACGUCUAUGUGUAUAUUUGGGACCUCGUUCCUGGGCCUGCUUUUUGUCGAGUGCGAUUCUCUGCCUCGGCAUGGAUCAAUAAACCACUUAGGCGAACUUCUGGCUCAGUUGAAGAGUAUUCUCGCACGCUAGACCAAAUUUCCCACGGCUUACCUGGACGAAUUCGAUGGAAGCUAGACGACGUCCGCCAAGGGCUCCCAUUAAUCUUCCGUCCGGAGUACCCUAAGGCAGUCCAGCACGAUGACUUCUUAGAAAACAACUUCCACGUGAAUGAAGCAACGGGCCACAUUACAGGUGUUGUGGAUUGGGCUGAUGCUAUCUUUGCCCCGUUUGGGCUUUCUCUUAGUGGUCUCGAGACAAUACUUAGCCUUAGGGCGCAUUUCUGGGAUACUUUCUACGGAGAGAUUGUUGCGAGGCUAUUUGGAUUGUUCCAAACCUACGGCUUUGAAGAGGGAGAUGCGAGAAUCGCGUAUCUCGAGGCGUUAUGUAUGCUUUAG